UCCGCGCAACCGUUAAAAACAACCAUUAAGUACCUCAACAGCCGUGUCCGAAGCAUCAGUGAGUACUUAUUGGCGUUGCUCCGAAACUGAGGCUCAAUAUAAUAAUUAUAACGUUCAUCUACGUAGUUUCGUGAGUAGUAGAGUUUUGGCUGUGAUACAUGUCGCCAAUGUAGUGGAUGCUUAUUAUUAUAUACUUUUAUUGCACAUCGCGGGAAGGACUAGCGAGAGGAAACAUCGCCGAUCAACGCUGAUUAACGAACAAAAAUGACGGUCAACCUGAAUUGGCGUUUACCACUAUUAUUAUUAUUAUUAAUAACCGUAGUAUGGGUCACAGUGAGUUCAGCUACCGAAAAUACGGAUGGUAUCCUAACAAGUGACAAAAGUAUUUGUAAUACCAAGCAAAAAUGUAGUGAUUGUAUCCAAACAAGCAAAUGUGCAUGGUGUUCGAAGCCCGAUUAUAAUGGCAACAGAUGCUUUUCGUCGGAGGUAAACGAAAACACCGAUACAGCAUGUCCAAGCGAUUCAAUAUUCAAUCCGUCUUCCGAACUUAGUAUGAAAAAUAAUAAAAGUGAUAAAAUAGAGUACGACCUGCAUCUCCAAGAAUUUAACUUGAAAGUUAGGAUAAAUGAAGCUCAGAAGAUAAAAAUCAAGUUUGUAGCUGGAGAUUAUCCCGUGGACUUGUACUAUCUCAUGGAUUUGUCUAAUUCGAUGAAAGAUGAUAAAGAAAAAUUAUCAAGCUUGAGUGAACUUUUGGCUCAAAGUAUGAGAAAUAUAACGAGUAACUUUCGCCUGGGAUUUGGUAGUUUUGUCGACAAAGUUGUUUUACCGUUUACCGAUACAUCACCGAAAGCACUCGAAUCCAGUUGCACGUCCUGUGCGCCCCCUUAUGGAUUUAAAAACCACAUGAAUUUAUCUGAUGAUUCAAACAAAUUUGCGAACGAAGUAAAAAAUGCCCCGACUUCGGGUAACAUAGAUGCGCCGGAAGGUGGUUUUGAUGGGUUGAUGCAGGCGAUGGUGUGCGACGAAAUCGGUUGGCGAAAAGAAGCUCGAAAGCUAUUGCUUUUCUCGACAGACGCCAGCUUUCAUUACGCGGGUGAUGGUAGGCUCGGUGGCAUCGUUGAACCCAACGACGGGAAAUGUCACAUGAAAAACAACAUGUACACUCACUCGACAAUCCUAGAUUAUCCUAGUAUUUCACAUAUAAAUGUCAAGGCCAAAGAAAAAGCCAUAAACAUCAUUUGGGCCGUGACUGCGGACUACAUAUCCAUAUACGAGAAAUUGGCGGAAAACGUCCAGAGCUCGCACGCGUCGGUGCUCAAGGCCGACUCGAGCAACAUCGUCGAUCUGGUGCGCGACCAGUACAACAAAAUACGAAGUUCGGUGGAAAUGAGGCACAACCUCCCCAGCACGAGCGAUCACAUUACAGUGAAUUUCCUGUCUAAGUGCCUGAACGGCGACGGAGCGAAGGCCAACACCAACAAGUGCAGCAACCUCAAGACAGGGGACGCGGUCGAGUUCGAGGUGGAGAUAACGGUGACAAAGUGCCCGGAGAGCCGAUCGGAGUGGAAUAAGACGUUUCUCAUAAACCCGAUCGGUAUGAGCGAAUCGGUGGCCGUGAACCUCGAAACGAUCUGCGAAUGCGAGUGCAAGGACGAGCCGUCGAUGGAAGGGUCGAGCUUGUGCAACGGGCACGGCCGAUUGGAGUGCGGCAUAUGCGCUUGCGACCCCAACUUUUUCGGGAAAAAUUGCGAAUGCGACGCGAGCCAGGCCACCCGUAACGACGAGUUCGCUUGCCGGCCGAACAACGAGACCACCGAGGUGUGCAGCAAUCGGGGCGAAUGCGUUUGCAAUCGGUGCGAGUGCGCGAAACGCGACGACAGCGACGAGGUGGUGGAGGGCGCUUACUGCGAGAAGGACAAUUUUUCUUGCGGCAUGGGCCGGCAGGGGAAGCUGUGCUCGGGACACGGCAAGUGCCGUCACCACGGGAGGUGCGAGUGCGAUUCAGACUGGUACGGUGAUGCUUGCGAGAAGUACAAAAACACCGAGGCUUGCGAGUCCAAUGGAAAAAUGUGUUCCGAGCGCGGUUCGUGUGAAACUAAGAAGGACAAGGACGAGAAUCAUUGCGUGUGCCGGGUCGUCGAUGGUAUACACUAUUUCGGUGAAUUUUGUGAAAAGUGCCGCAAUUGCCCGAAAAUAUGCGAGUCGUUGAACCCGUGCGUGUCGUGCGUAUUGAAGAAUACCACCGAUUGCAACGAUACCUGCCGAUCAGACGUCAUCCACGACGUGACGGAGAAACUCGGCCAAAUGGACGUAGGCGAUGGAAGGGUGGACUGCGACAUCAUACACGAUGAUAACAAGUGUAAAUAUCGUUACAUUUAUUACAACGAUACCAACAACAACAUUGUGAUAUUGGCCGAGAAAACACCGAUCGAAUGUCCCCGUGAAGUUAACGUAUUAGCCAUUGUGCUGGGAGUGGUAGCUGCCGUUGUGUUCAUCGGUUUGGCGUUGCUGUUGCUCUGGAAGUUGGUGAUAACGAUCGCCGACAGGAGAGAAUAUGCUAGAUUUGAAAAGGAACGUGCGAACGCCAAGUGGGACAAUGGUGGCAAUCCGAUAUUCCAACAAGCAACGUCAUCCUUUCAAAAUCCAAUGUACAGCAAGGGACAAUCUUGAGAAAUUUGGAGGACCGUUUUCAGGCAGCUACUUAAAUUUUAACCGAGCUGCUUUACGUUUGCGAGUACGUCGUAAUACGUUGUACAAUCUUAUGUACAAGCUGAUGCUGGAUCUGCAUGAUCAUGUAGAAUUUUUUUUUUUCCUUAGAUUGGUUUACUUGAACAGUACAUAGAAACACUAAUGAAACUAAAAUGUGCAUAAUUAAAUUGCACAAAUGACAAUCGUAUGCUAGUAUUUUUAAAUCUUAGAAUAGUCAUGUCCUUUUUUUUUAAGCAAAGAAUUCAAUGUUGAUAAUAUUCGUGUUGUUUCGUUUAAUGUCAUUUAGAAAAGAGCGAAUAUGAGUUACAUUGCAAAAUACAUUGACAUUCAUCUAAUUACUUGUUAGGAUGAUUACGUAAUGUAUACAUACUCAGUUUGCAAUUCGAAUUUUAUCAAUUGAUAUUAAUUACUCAUUAAUAUAUAUAUAUAUAAGAUAUGACGUUUAUACUUUGAUAUGAAUUUUAAUUUGUACAUUUUUUUUACUUUAUUCUCGACUAUUUUGUAUGAAUCAAAGAAUUAUUUACUUUUAUAAUUAUCGCAUGUCAAACGAUUUUCAAACCAUUUUAACGAUCUCAACUUAUAAACUACCAGAAGAAAUAAUUAUAGAAAUAUUAUUUUCCGACGCUUUUCAAUACUGUUGGUAUGGACUAAUAUCAUUUU